AUGACUACCUAUACGCUUUUGAAACUUGCUGAUGCGCCACAAGCAUCGAGUGAUAACAAUGAACCAGAACUAUGUUACCUUCUAAGCAAAUAUCUCAGAUUCCCAAACUUUGACCAGCAUCAGUGGUGGCAUAACACGGCACCAAUGCUAGGGAAGCUCCUGUCACAAUGCAAAUACAGCGUGCACCAGCAGUAUCAAUACUUGUGCCUCUACGGCUUACACAUCCUACCGUUUAUGGGGCCAUGGCCUGAUAUCGAGCGUCGUAGGCUCUACAAAAGUGUCUUCAGCGGCCUGGGGCCGCUGGAGUUUAGCCAGAACUUUACAAGGUUUGGCAAGACCGUUCGAAUCGGCUUUGAGCCGACAUCCUUCUCCGCUAGUACCGGUCACGAUGUAUGCAACAGGCAUGCGCUCGGCGAGGCCUUGAACCGCUUCGAGCAGCUGGGUAUGAAACUAGACUUGCAAUUAUAUCACCAGCUAGUGAGUCAGGUGUCCGUGACGGACGAAGAAGAAUAUAUACUUCAAGACCGAGGAAUACUGGAUGAUGAGCCGGCCAAAUCACAAAGCCUUCUGGCACUAGACUUCAACGGCAAUGACGUGAAGAUCAAGCUAUAUUUCUAUCCACAACUCAAAUCUUUAGCCACCGGUAUCUCUCGCGCGCAGUUGAUGUUCAGUGCAGUGCGCAAUGUGGAUAAAGCGGGUGCUUUCAGGGGGUCUAUGGACAUGAUCGAGGAAUACUUCGCCUCAGCCCCCGCUACUACAGCUCCAUACUGGGUAUCCUGUGAUCUCGUUGAGCCUCACAAAACUCGGUUCAAAUUCUACAUUGCACAGUUUCAAGUGAGCAUUGAGAAUGCCGUCAGCCUGUGGUCUCUUGGCGGUCAGGUAACAGAUCCCGAGACGAUGACAGGGCUUGCUAUGCUCCGCGAUCUAUGGAAUUCUCUCGAUAUCCGGGAUGGCCUGCGUGAACAGAAGAACCGACCUGGAAACCCAGGCGAUCCAUGCAAUGUUGUCCCAAUGCUGUUCAACUUGGAGAUAUUCCCUGACAAGGCUUAUCCACAGCCCAAGAUAUAUUUCCCCACUACUGGAAUGAACGAUAUGGCUGUCGCAAAGACCAUGGUUGAAUUCUUUAGACAACAUGGACUUCAUGAGCAUGCUCAAUCAUACAUUGACAAUUUGGCCUCAUAUGUGUAA